CCCGCCCUACCUGUCAAACCUGGUCGAAAGUGCUUUGAAGAUUUAAAAAAAAACUUGAAGAUGCCUCGCCUCCGGGACAAUACCCGCAAGCUAGCAGUGCGCCAGGAAGCUGAUCGCGAGGAGAAAGUAAACUUGGCCAAAAUUAAAAUGGAUGCCGUUCUGCUGAAAGUCGACGAGAUAGGCAGACGCCACAUGGAGAUUGUAGACAGCCGCAUAAAGCUCAUCCGAGAUACCACCGACGAGGAACUGCUGAACAUGAAAUGGUCAGAAUUUCUGGCCCUCGGGAUUGAUAAGUUUGCUGACUACCAAGGAUCAGUUUCCACCAGUACUGCCACUACCCCUCGCAGCCGCUCUGUAAGCCGGAAGCCGGCGGAGAGGACUCGCCUUAAGCAGCGAACUUGGACUCGAGUGCAGUCGGUGGACAGGAAGAAAUUAGAUGAAAUUCCAAGUCUAAGCUUCCAGCGCUGGCCCCGUGCCGGCGAAGCGGUGCUCUCCAGAGCGGCCAGCCCGCUAGCCGUGCCCUUGGAGGAGCGCUGUGCCAAUGUGCAGAUUCCCACCAGCAAGGGGACCAUCACCGUGAAGCCGCACAAGAUGAUGAAUCAGGUGAAGCGCGAGGUGCUAAAGAGCUUGGACCAGAACACUUUAGCCCAGGUGAAAAUGCUGAAUGCUAAUCUGGGUGAAAUUGUGAAUAUGGCCACCAAGAUGGGCAAGCUGUAGAUCGAAUAAAAUAAUGUUCUAGGCAUGCAUGUACCUUA